ACUCGUACUACAUUUGUUGUCAUUCCCUGCUUGACAACACUGUACAUUUUCGACAUUUAAUAGAAAAGAUUUUGAACUAUCUACAGCUUGGGCUUAAGAUGUUACUAGGCAAAGCAUUGUGUAUAUUAGCAUUCAAUGUUGUGUCAUUCAACCGUGGAGUGUAUGGUUUAGAUUGGCCAUGGAAUUGGGUUGGUGUGACCGGUGUUGGAACAACGGGUAAAAUGGUUUUAGCUUCAACUGUGUCACCAAUGUGUGCAGCGGUGUGUGGAAGUUCAGAAGAAAGACAAGACCUAAAGUGUCAUACUCGUAAAAUCGACGGAACGAAAGGCUUGGAUGAAUAUCUGAUACUAGCUAAUCCAGUAGAAAGUGUAAAAAAAUGUGAAGAGCAAUGCAACGAUCAACCCAAUUGCAGGGCCUUCCGAUAUCUACCGAAAAAUUACCUUUGCUUUUUAUACAAAUCACAAAAAUACAUUGAAGACGAUGAUAGUGAAAGCCAGUUCUAUAUCAAAGGUUGCAUUUUAUGCUACAUGAACGUCAUUGAAAAGGAAACUCAAAAAGUUUGGGAAGUAUCCACAUUCAAAGAAUGUGAGAAUCAUUGUAUUAAGUCUGACGACUGCAGUGCUGUUCAUUUUGAUGGAAAGAGAUGCUUCAAGUUUACCAAUAAAGUGGAACCAAAUGAGAAAACAGGCUUUGCUUUUUCAACCAAAAUUUGUAUAGAUUUCAACGAUAAUGCAAGUGAAUAUCAUGAUAAUAGAUACAAGCAGAACGGGAAAAACUGAAUACAAGUGAUGUUUGAACUAUAAACAAAAUUGAAAACAAAUAUGGAGAAGAAGAAAUGUUAUAAGACACAAAACUAAGAUAUUACAAUCAUUUAAUAGUUAUUAUGUAUUUUAAGAAAGAAGAGCGGUGAACUGAUUUACAAUUUUUUACUAGCUAGUAUAUAAUUUAUCAACAAAUUCAGUAUUAAUUUCUUUCCUUAAAUAUUUAACAAAUUUGUAUAUUUUUAAAUCUAUAAAAUUUUAUAUCCAUUGUAUUCUUUGUAAAAAAAAAAUAAUUAAAUAAAAGCACUUUUUCCAAGUUCAAA